AUGACUGAAGGUCUUAUUCAGCAACAUGACAAGCCGAUGUGUGUUCGCGUUUGGCUGGAAGUGGGUCACGCUUGCGAGCCUCGCCGCUCGCCACUUGGCCGGGCGCUGGCGCUCGACUGGCGCGUGUGGGUGCGCGGCGCUCGCGGUGGCGACAUCAGCACCUUCGUCCACAAGGUCGUCUUCCAUUUGCACCCGUCCAGCGCUUUCGUCUACCCAAAAAGAGUUCUCCAAGAGCCGCCAUAUGAAAUCCAAGAGUCCGGAUGCGCCUCCAUAGAGAUACCGAUACAUGUAUACCUGAAAUACACCAACAAGCCAAAGAAAAUCUGCCUUCGGUAUAGUCUACAUAUGGAGAACAACAGCAUGUCUAGUUCGGCGUCCAAAUGUGUGUACUACGACUUUGAAAACCCUUCGGCGCAAUUGUGCUCAGCGCUUAUGCAGGGUGGAGGAGAGAUAAUUGCUAGGAGAGGUUGCUCAAAGGGGAGAAGUGAAGACCUCCUCGUCUUGCUCUCUGAUAGUGACGAAAAAGUUCACAAACAUAAUGGUAAAAACAAAAGGUACAAGUUUGUCGAGCCGAUACGAUGCAAGCACGUAAUUAAAAGGACUAAAACCUUCUUUCUAGAAGAAAUUUGCUCAAAAUGUGAUUCUGAAUUUAAAAAACAACUACGCUCAGUGGCUAUGACAGAGGACGAGAUAAAUCGGGUGUCACAGCUGUAUUUAGCGUAUAAUAGUUACGAGAAGUCGGUGGAUGCGUUGAUUUUGCCACCAAUUUCUGAUCCGGUAUACAGAUUGCCAGAGCUUCCAGCUUCUUUAAAGGGAGCAUUGGCGAGCAUCGAAGGUAGCUAA